CUCAGUCUCAUCUGGUACUAGCUUGCAUAGUUCUAGUAGCGGCCGCUCAUAAACAAAGUUUCGACACAAUGUGUUUGACUCGGAUCACAAUUAAACUGGCAGUGUCAACGGUUGACUUGCUGUGUUCUAUGAUCUACAUUGACGUCUGAUUUAUCCUGCGAACUUUCCUGACGCACAUAGGUUCAAAAGGACGCUCUCUCCUUACUGAAUUUCAUUAUUACUCGCCUUCCUACAAGAAGUAUCAUGGUUUUUUCACAAGAGCAACUCCCUGUCGCACUAGUCGGCAUUUCUGCAGAGCUACCAAGCGGUCCUCAUGGAACAAGGAACCUCGACUACUCAUCGUUCUUUGACUUUCUCAUGAAUGAACACGAAGCCUACGAGAAAAUUCCCGGCGAUAGAUUUAACAUAGACGCUCUUAAGGGAACUAAUAUCGGUGAAGUGGCUGCCACACAUGGCACAUUUUUGAAAGAUUUAGAUUUAUUCGAUCACAUUGAAUUCGGAAUCAGCAGCAAGGACGUCAGGAUGAUGACAAUCGGAACACGAAAGCUCAUUGAGUUGUCGUUCCUGGCCUUGUUGGACUCUGGAAUCGAUUAUCGAGGAAAGAAUAUUGGCGCUUACAUGGCAAGCGUUGCUCAUGACGUUUGGAUGAUUUCCGGCGAGGAUGAAACCGAAGCCCGUGGUUCAUUGGCAUAUUCUCCUUCAAUGAUUGCCAAUCGUGUGUCAUACCACUUGGAUCUACGUGGACCUUCUAUCCCCACCGAUACUGCUUGUAGCUCCAGUCUUUCGGCCUUCCAUCUCGCUAUUCAGGCCGUACGCAACGGAGAGUGCGACGCAGCACUUGUGGGUGGUUGUCAGUUGAAUCAUAGGUUUAUGGAUUGGCUGGCGUACACUCAAGGUGGAAUCCUUGCACCAGAUGGUAAAUGCAAACCUUUCGACGCCUCUGCUAAUGGAUUUUCUCGGGGAGAGGGUGCCGUCGUAAUGGUCUUAAAACCUCUUGAACAGGCUCUCCUUGAUCAUGAUCACAUCUAUGCUACUGUUCUAGGAACAGGCGUCAAUUCGUCCGGUUCACUCGCUCCUGCAAACUCCCCUGUAGCCUAUGCUCAAAGGGAUGCAAUGCUGAGAGCCUUCAAGCAAGCUGGCCGUCAGCCACACGAAGUCGAUUUCGUGGAGCUUCAUGCUACAGGCACUGCAAUCGGCGAUCCAACGGAAGCCAACUGGGUUGGAGAGAGCUUCUUGAAGGAUGAUAACAAGGAGCUCUAUAUAGGCAGUGUGAAAGGAAAUAUAGGUCACCUUGAGAUUACGGCAUUUCUUGCGUCACUGUGUAAGGUUUGUUCCAUGUUUCGGACAGGAACUAUCCCUCCCAAUGUCAAUCUCUCCAACCCUAAUCCGGCUAUUCGUUGGGAGGACUUCCAUCUCCGUGUCGCCUUAUCGCCAACCUCGUUACCUUGUCAAUCCACUACUGGACGCUCGCUGAUCUCGUUAGCAAGUUCCGGAAUUGGCGGUGCCAAUGGCCACUGUGUCGUUGAAGGUCCUCCUACAGCUAAUCCUGUAACGCCGUUCUGGCAGUUGAGUGCCAUUCAUACUCCUUGCCUUUUGGUUGCGGGUGGCCUGUCUCCGCGUUCAACAGCAGCCAUAGGCGAAUCUAUACGAGCCAUAGACGGUGAAAAAUUACCCACUGUAGCAGCGACAUUUGGACGUCGAUCCAGGUCUAUGCCUUGGCGUUCCUAUGCGGUUGCUUCAUCGAAUUCGCCUCCUCGUUUUAAUGAGCCUGUUCUCGCUCCACGCACUCCUCCUCCGCUCGUGUUUGUAUUUUCCGGACAAGGCCCUCAACACUUCGAAAUGGGCAGAGAAUUGUUCAGCUCCUGCGCUGUUUUCCAGAGUAGCAUUCUUGAAAUGGAUAAAAUACACAAGCUUUCAACUGGAUUUUCACUUAUCGCACAGACCGGUCUUUUCGCUCAACAAACUGAUCCCACAGAAGUACUUGGCAGUGUCUGGCCUAUCUCAGUGACUCUUCCUGCUCUAACCAUGCUUCAAAUCGCUAUUUUCGACUCUCUUGUGAGUCUUGGGAUGAAACCCACCGCGAUAGUGGGCCACUCUGCAGGAGAGACUGCCUUAUUAUACGCAUCUGGUGCAGGUUCCAAAGCCAUGGCUGUGGAACUUGCAAUCGCUCGUGGACGGGCCAUGACAAUCGUCGAAGGUUCUCAAGGUGCAAUGGCGGCAGUUUCAUGCUCCCCUGAACAGGCACAGAAAAUUAUAUCUCAGAUACAUACUGAACAGGGCAAGGCUGAUUUGGAUGUUGGCUGCUACAAUACUCCCGGCGCCGUCACUCUAUCGGGAUCAUCUACCGAUAUCGACCUCGCAGUCGAACACGCAAAGGCUGCAGGAUUUUUCGCGAAGCGGUUGAAUACCGCUGUUCCUGUGCAUUCCAGACUAAUGGACGCGUGUCGCGAGGAAUUUAUGCGAUUGGUGACAGACAUAUUCGAUCGCUACCCUUCACAGCCGCCUCAAAUUCCAACAUAUUCCACUGAAAGUGGUAUGCUGAAACACGACCGAUUCAGUGCGGAAUAUUAUUGGUCUGGUACACGUGGUCCAGUGCAAUUUACGGCAGCAAUCCAACGUAUGGUUCACGAAAUAGGUUCUCCGACCUUUUUAGAGAUAGGACCUCACCCAGCUCUCGCUAGUUAUCUCGUAGCUCUCGGCGGCGAGAAAACGACUGUCGUCUGUCCCUUGCGCAGGCCCAAGGCCAAUCAAGGAGACGUGACUACUUUCCUUGACGCUUUGGGCAAGCUUGCGGUUGCCGGGCACUGCUGUAUCGACUUCAACGUUCUCAACGGAUGCAUUGCAGAUACCCCCGAACUGCCCGUCUACCCCUUUUCCCACAAGAAGCUCCCCUUGUACCCAAUUUCUCCUUCUAUCAAGAGAAUUUGUCAACCUCGUAACGGACCUUUAAACUAUUCUCAGCUCCGUAUCAACGCCCAGACACACCCUUAUCUGGCUCAACAUGUGAUUCAAGGCGAACCCAUCAUGCCGGCUGCAGGUUUCCUUGAAAUGGCAUUGGAAUUUGGCGCAAGCCAAUUAUGGGAUGUCAACUUCUCGUUCAUGCUAUCUUUAUCUGGAGAUCAACCUGUGCCAGUUGAUAUUUGUACUGAAGGACCUCAUUGGUCAGUGCGUUCUGCUCUACUCAAUCCAUCACAAUCGUCCAUUGCACCUCCCCAGUAUGAUCGUUUGCAUGCUGAGGGCUACCUAUCUCUUGAUUCUCCAACUCCAGCCUUACCAGCUCUGGACAUUCAGGCAAUAAAGGAACGCUGUACGCGAGUUAGCGUUGAAGGCUUUUAUGACGCGCUCGAGCACUUCGCUCAAUAUGGACCAGAUUACCGAAGAGUAUUGGAUUGCUACCGGGGUACUGACGGAGGGCGCGACGAAGCUCUAGUACAAAUCCGUGGUGAUGUCGGAGACCUUCCAGGGCUGGAGAUGUUCAAGAUCCACCCCGUCAUUUUCGAUUCUUCGAUACAUAUUCUAGUCCAUCCGAUUUUUACCCAUCUCGCCGACAAAACCUUGUAUUAUCUUCCUUCUCGUCUGCAAAAACUGACAAUUCAUGAAACACUUGUUACAUCCCCAUUCCCGCGGUCUCUCUAUGCUCAUGUUGUUUUUCGCCAGUGGACACCUCAAUCUCUGACAUAUGAUGUCGCCCUCCUGAAUGAAGACGGAAACCAUCUUUGCACCAUGCAAUCAUUCGAAGUUGCGCUCCACGGAGAGUCCUCUCUAUACCAACCGAGAUGUCGCUUCGAUUUGAUGUAUGAGCCCAUCUCACUCGACCUGUCUUCGUGCCGUCACCCGACCCAGGAAGAAUUACCUGUGGAUGCCCAAACCAGAGACAGCUCAACGGCCCUAGUGGGCACAGAUGCUAUAACUUCUUCGUCAUUGUCACCUCUCAACAUCAUCACUUACGAGCAUGGAAAGGAGAUAGAUCUUCAACCGAUAUUAUCUGCACAGGACGCCACUGCUCCGUGCUACAUCUAUUUUACGGCACCUGCUGGUCCGGAUGGGGACGGGGCUAUCGGAUUCGUGCGAUCCCUACGGAAGGAAUAUCUGUUGUGGACAAUUUGGGUUGUAGUGUUCGAGUCGGUUUGGGACGAUGAAAGCAUAAGACGGGCAGUUGAAGCUAUAUCCAAGAUGCCUCAAGUGGAGACCGAGCUUAUGGUGGACGCAUCCGGAUUGGUACAUGUCCCCAGAAUAACACCUUGCGAGGGUCCGAAGAAGGUCUCUCCUUUCAACUUCCACGAACCAUGGCAACUCGAGAAGUCCGCAGUUGUUCAUAUUUCGCCUCCACCUUCGGAUUGCCAUUCGGCUGUCGUGCAUGUGCAAAGUGCUAGCCUAUUGGACGAUCAGAUAUGGUCUUUCGUUGGCUCCUUGGGUAGCUCGCACAAAAGUGUCAUGGGGAUAUCUGCUUCUCCUGUUGGAAAUACCAUCGUAUCAUCAUUGGAUAGCAUGGUGGAUGCUCCCGUGGACCUGAAUGCUAAUAGAUCGAUGGGACCUCCUGUUCUCGCCUUCGCCAUAUCAGUCCUUGCUGUUGGUUCUGCAUAUUUUGAGAACCCGGGAAGAUUCCGUGGAGAAAUUCUUGUGACGCAUGCAGAUACUCAGACCAGCAUGCUGAUUGUUCAACUCUACCUUCUCCAAGGCUUUCACGUCGUUACUCUAACGCAAAAUGCGACAGACUCCGAAAUUAGCUGCCUUCCCAAUGGUCACUUCAAUAUUAUUGUCUCCGAAUACAAAGACACGGCAACGCUUCAGCUCUUAUCGCGCCUCUUGACGGCUAAUGGGAGGAUGUUUCCGUGGAAGCAUCCUAAACAGGGCUUGCAAUCGCUCCUCGCCUGCGAUCCAUGGUUGGUUGGCCAUGCUAUUCGUCUUGGAUCAAAUAUAGUUGGCAACGAACUCAAGAUUCCUAUGUCCAACCUAGGCGAGAUUAUAACCGUCAUGCCUGGUGAAUCCGUCCAUGUGAAGAAAGAUCUCUUCAGUGACAAGAAGGCAUAUCUACUGGUGGGAGGUCUCGGCAGCCUUGGACUUCAGAUUGCCCAGUGGAUGUACAAGAAUGGGGCUCGGGAAAUCGUUCUAACAUCGCGGUCCGGGCGUACUGGAAUUGAGCGCAGGGGAGACACUGCAUCUCUGCGUAUCAUUGCAUAUCUCGAGAGCCUGCCUGAUUUAAUUCUGCGUAUCGAGGCGAUCAAUGCCCUCUGCGAACCUGACAUGAAAGCGUUGGUGAAACGACUCCAGAAUCCGCUCGGGGGAUGCAUGUUGCUCUCCGUGGUCUUGGCGGAUGGUCUCUUUUCCGGGUUGUCCGCUGAGAACUUCGAUGCGCCAUUCGAUCCGAAGAUCAGAGCCUUAGAUGUGCUAUGCCACACAACUGACACGAACAAGCUGGAUUUCUUGAUUUCAUUCUCCUCAGUGUCAGCACUAUUCGGGAAUGCAGGCCAAACUAACUAUGCUGCAGCAAACACUAUGUUGGACGGCAAAUUGCGCACAAUGUCAAACGCAUUCUCUAUCGUAACACCUGCAGUCACAGACUCAUUCGUCGCUACAUCGGGUCCGACGAAGUUCAAACACUUGACAGAUUGGGGGAUGUCAUCUCAGAGGAUCUUCCAAUUCAUCGAGGAAGGCAUUCAGAAACUUGCUGAUGGUCCUUUCUGGUUUUACAUUCCGGAUUUCGACUGGGAAGCGGUCUGCGCGAACCUUGGAAACGCACCCAUGUAUAGUCACUUGUUACCCGAGCGGGCGAUUAUGGAAGACGGAGCGCCGACCUCAAAGGACAGUGUUUCGAUAGGCGACAUAUUGUGCGCCACCCUAGACAUUGCGCGCGAAGAUUUGUCUCCCGACGUUCCUUUAACGGUGUACGGUCUGGAUUCCUUAUCUGCUGCAAGGCUAUCCUUUGCCUUGAACCCCUUCUUUUCUAUCAGCCAAACCCAGCUCCUUGCAAAUGUAACCCUUCGGAGUCUAGAAGCGCGAUUAGAAGACCAGCGGCUGUCCAUACUUACUGAAGCAGAGCAGAGGAGCGCAUCUGAGCUUCACCAGGUAUCUGAGAUGAAAUCAUUGGUUGCAAAGUACACGUCUGGAUUCAAAAGCCCCAAGACACUGCUACCUUCCUCUCUCAGCUCACGGGACUGCGUUGUUCUCAUAACCGGUACCACAGGCGUUGUGGGCGCACACCUUCUGGAAUGCUUACUCAAUGUACCACAAAUCACUCGCAUAUUCCUUCUCAACCGUACCAAGCCCGGAAGUCCGACUAUGUUGGAACGUCAUCAAGAGAUUUUCCAGGCACAGUCCCUCGACCCGACGGGACUGGAAACAGACAAGGUCGUGUAUUUGGAAGGCACUCUAGAUAAAACUUACUUUGGGCUUUCAACUGACACGUUCAAUGAAAUGAGUCGAAGCGUCACCCACAUUGUUCACGUUGCAUGGCCAAUGGACUUCGCUAUUCCCCUCGCUGCAUUUGAUCACGCUAUUCACGGUCUGCGGAACUUGGUGGACUUCGCCAUUUCCUCGCCCUGGGAAGUUCCGCCUCAAUUACUUUUCACAAGCACAGUCGGUGUAUUGAGUGGUGUCACAUCAUCGAGCGCCGUAGAGGAGGCUCUUAUACAUGACCCCAGUAUAUCUGUUGGCGCGGGAUACAUCGAAAGCAAAUGGGUUGCAGAGCACGUCCUGGCAGCAGCUGCUGAUGCUACGAGACUGAAGCCAACAAUUAUUCGCCUUGGACAGCUAACCGGAGGGCGUAAGGGGUUCUGGAAAGUAACAGAAUGGAUACCAUCCAUGAUCAAAUCAGGCCUCUCUCUCGGUGUCUUACCCAACCGUGCUAAUGCGAGUUCAUUUUUUCUCACUGUAAAUUGGCUUCCAAUUGAUGUGGCGGCAACAUCGAUGGUGGAGAUGCUUGAUUCACCCCCUGGCGUGUAUCACUUGACACAUCCAAGUCCUGUUUCAUGGACUAUUCCGAUGCAGGAAGCUGCUCGCAUCAUGAACGUUCCAUUGGUCCCCUAUACCCAGUGGCUCGCUUCUUUGGAAAAACAGGCAUCAUCUAAAACAGGCGAAUAUUCGAAAAACAAUCCUGCGCUGAGGUUGCUUGACUUUUUCAAGUAUACCACUCGGAGACGGAAUACGAACACCGACAACUUCUUAGAGCCAGAGCUCUCGUGCGCCAAAGCAUUACAGGAGUCUCCGACACUACGUUCCUUGGCCUCAAACCCACUGGGAGCUAGGGACGUAGCUAAAUGGAUCGGAUACUGGCGUAGCGUUGGCUUUAUCCCUGUUUGAUUCGCAAUCGGCACCCUCGUGCAGACUUCAAAUAUAGAUGCGCCUAAUAUAAUCAUUUAUACUGCUUUCAUUGUUUGUACUCGGUACUAUACUACAUACUUAUUAGAAGAAAAUUCGAGGGUGGUAGAAAAUCUCUGUCGUUAUCAUAAGGUGUUUAAGUCGCUG